CUGAAACGUCAAAACACUGAAGUGAUAGAAAAUAGAAAUGGAGUGCCCAUUGUUGUAAUUAUUUUAAUCAAUUUCUCCAUGCUGAAAUUGUCGCUGGCAUUUUACGAUAAUAUUUCUGCAACCAUACAUUUUAGGACUUUUGAUCUGAUGAGAAAUGAAAAAUUUUGAUUCUGAUGAGCAUUUAAGAGAUAACGGACGAUCCACUGAUGUUUUAAUUGAUAAAAGAGGUCAAAAUUGUUCAGGAAAUGAAGAAGUGCUGAUCAGAAACAAUAAUGGGUUCAAAUUUUCAAUGGGACAAAAAGGAUAUGGUUAUGAAAACCUUCCCACAUACAGCAACAACCAUGACAGUCCAAGUUACAGCUUACCAGCUUGUGUUAACACAGUCAACCAUGAGAAUUACUACGAUAAUACAAUAGACAAUAAGUCUGACAAGCUUAUCCAGGACAAUACUCCCAACUCUAUCUCAAGUGAAUCGUGGUUUAGAACUUGGCCAGAACGGUACGAUAAACUGAAAAGUUGUAAUUCUAGCCCAGUUCAUAAUCAAGCAAAUCCUUAUGAUGGUAUCGGCAAUAAGAAUGUUAAGAAUAAGUUUACAUUUAAUGAAGCACUGCAAAACAUAUCGCUAGCCUAUAGCCCUGUUACAAAGCAAUUACAUGUAGUUGAAAAAUCUGAAAUCGUGGAUAUCGGCCUUCCUGUAAGUGAGAAAGAUGAAUGCAGGAAUGAAGAAUGCAAAAAUGAGGAUAGUGAAAAUACCAUUGUUGGAAAGAAACUGGGACAUAGAAGAAUUGAGGCUGGAUCAUUUUCGAGCACUGUUUCAACUUUGAGUGGAAUCAGCGAUCCAUCAACCUCUGGCAGCCUUUUGGGUUCUGAUGAUCAGUCACUCUCUAGCUUUGAUAUUCCCAGCUCGAAGCCAAGGAAAAAGAGUAUAACUAAUUUUUUUUCAAAGCAUGUAUUUUCUUGGAAAGGAUCCUCGAAUGAACCAGCACAUUUCAGUAGCAAUGUUUGGAAUAUAUUCAAUAAACAGUCAAUCCAGAGUCUCCCAUCCUCACCAGUUAAUGUAGUUGCAAGUUCUUCUGCUCUAAUUCAAAAUGAAAGACCUUCCAAUCUGCCAGCAAAAUCCGUUGAAGAGGAACAGAAGCACAGGGACGAAUAUAAGGCAAUACUUGCAGCAGCCAAAAAGAAAGAUGCUCAAUCAUCAGCUGCUAGACACAAACAACGAAAACUUCAACUGAAGUUGGAAGAACAGCUAGCAGCGGCUACAAAACAUUUCACUCAAUCUGUUCUUCCAAAUUGGGACGCAAUGCGUUCAAACAGAAAAACUAUCGAAUUAUGGUGGCAAGGCCUUCCGUCCAGUGUACGGGGAAAAGUAUGGAAAUUAGCCAUAGGUAAUGAUUUGAAUCUCACUCAACAGCUCUACGAAAUUUGCCUUUCCCGUGCUCAAAACAGACUCAACAGUCCAGAACCGCCUCCAUGUAAUCCAGAAAUCGAUCAAGAAAGUAGUAUGGAUGUUAUCCAGUUAGAUAUUUCAAGAACGUUUCCCCAUUUGUGUAUUUUUCAAGAGGGAGGCCCUUAUUCGGAUACUUUACAUUCCUUACUUGCAGCAUAUGUAUGUUAUCGUCCGGAUGUGGGUUACGUUCAGGGUAUGUCCUACAUAGCUGCCAUUUUGAUAUUGAACAUGGAGCCUUUCGAUGCUUUUAUUUGUUUUGCCAAUUUACUGAAUCAACCGUUACACUUGUCGGCAUUCACUCUCAAUCAGGAACAAAUGCAAGCUUAUUAUAGUGCUUAUAAUCAGGUAUUUAGUUAUAAUCUUCCAAAACUAUACUCACAUUUCGAGAGAUCAGGACUGACGCCGGACCUGUAUCUGUUGGAUUGGAUUUAUACGAUUUUUGCCAAAGCGAUGCCGUUAGAUAUUGCGUGCAGAGUUUGGGACGUUUUUCUCAGGGAUGGAUAUGAGUUCAUAUUUCGAACAGCUUUAGGUAUUCUACAUUUGCACCAAGACGAUCUGAUGGAGAUGGAUUUUUUACAUGGAGCUCAGUUCCUAACCCACCUGCCCGAUGACAUAUCAUCGGAUCACUUAUUCAAAAGUAUACAGUUAGUUAGUACAACAAUAGGAAAACGAACUUUUUAUCAAAUUGUUGAAAAAUGCUUUUUCUCUCUACCGGAAUCGAUGAGAUAGUACAUAAUGUUAUCGGUUAUUGUAAAUAUCACACAAUAGCAAAAAGUCCGGAACUGAUAGCAUUUCAAGGCUGUAUGUAUGAUAUUCUUUUGAUAAAAAACAUAUGUGAGGUGUGCAAUGCUAAGGUCAGGUAGAUAUGGAAAUUCAAAAAUACUUAGGAUCUGUUUCAGUUCAGUGAAAAAGUCUACAUACAAAUUGACUAAUUAUGUUUGAUUUUCUGCAGUUAUAUUUAUGGGAAAUAGGAUUCAAUCAUAUGGUAAUUUUGCUCUUGCUGGUAAUGUUAAGCUCAAACUUGUUUCUACUUUCUCUCUUUCACAGCAAUAUUUUUUUGUAUAUGUCCUUAUAUUUUUCUUUGUUGUACGUUCUGAACACUUUUAUGAGUUCCGAUUGCUCAAUACCUAAAAUUACCACUUGUUUGGCUAUAUAUUAUUGUUAAUAAUAUUUGUUUUCAUCUUUCCACCAGUGUCUUGAAAUUUAGAUAAAAAUUAUAGUUCGCCCAUCACUCUGAGUCCUGAUUAAUGUAUUUAUAAUAUUUUUUGUAAACGGAGUUCAAAAAACUUUUUAAUACUGGUAUUGGUUGUCGUUCGUAGGGGUGCGACAGCUGGUUAACAGAAAAACAGAUUUUAAAACAGAUUUUUUUUUCAAUUAGCGAUUUCAUUCUAUAUAUCUUUGGAAACUGAAAUAUAUCACUAAUAUUGUGUUUUCCUUCAGUAACAGUUAAAUUAUUGACAUAGUACACAGCAACAAAACUUUAGAUGAUUUAUAAUUUGCACCAGCAUUCACAAAUAAAAUACCGUACCUUGAUAGGUUGUAUUGGAACCUCUGACGUAAAAUGAAUCUAUUGAAACUACUUUUUCCACACCGAGACAAAAAUACUCUCUCUCUCUCUCUCUCUCUCUCUCUCUCUCAACGUGAAUUUCACUAAAGAAGACAGUAUUAUCUCUGCUUUGGGACGGAACAUGGUAUAUUGCUCUGCCGAUUAAAAAAAAUAUUUUCACUGUAACUUAUUUAUUGACAAAGAUAUUGAAAAUUCGUUUAUACUUUACCGUAGAGACUUUCCAUGAGCUUUCGAUUUUUCUAAUGGAAAAAACUAUCAUUCAUCAACAUUUAUUUUUUCUGAAGGAAAAUACAUUUGUUUUUCAUUUAUGUUGAACGUUUCUUCUCUCCUAAAUGAGUCUAAAUAUUUCAACCAUUCGAGCAGACCUGCUCUUUGUGGAUUUUUUUGGAUUUUUGAUGAAGAGAACCAACUGAAAUUACAAUGAGUCUUAAUGAGGCUUACCCAUUUUGGUAAACCAUAUAAAUUAGUGGGUUUACGGAAAUGAGGAAUUAUUUGAAUGCAUUCUGUUUUACUUAGCGAAUUUUUUGUUCAACUGAUCUUAUUGAAUCACCUCUUAGUUUUUUGUGUGGUACCUAAUGUUAUACUAUAAAUCAACUGAAAUAAUGGUUAUUGUAGUUUUCUCGUACUUAUUCAAGUUACUUUUAGUAUGAUGAGGUCAUGAUAAAACAUUUUUACAUUCAGAUCAAAUAUUUUACAAGGGCUGAUUGCUCGAUAACAGUAAGCAGAAGGAAAGAAAAACUGCACCUUAUAUUUGAUUCUUCCAAUUCUGAAGAUGGAGGGAGAUUUUGGCUUUCGAAAUGUUAAGAUAAGUAUCUGUACAAUUUUCCUAGUUCUUUUUUGGAUGGCAAAAAUUAUCAAAUACGACAAGUUACUGAUGAAUAGCGUAUUUUCUUUUGUGAAAAAUACAUUGAAUUUACGCAUUGACUCAUCUGGAUAAAUCAAAAGUUUGCCCUUUCUAUAUCUAUAUAAAGUUCCCCGUUACAGUUUCAAAUGUUUUCAGAUUGUAGAAAAUGAUAUUCCCAGAAAGUUCAAUAAAAAAUUUUGCGUUUUCUAUUGAAAAAAUCUGUUAAAAUCUGUUUUUCCUUUAACCAUCUGUUGAAAACAUAGAUGAUAUUGUCAUAAGGGGGUGGUCAAGUGCACUGUUUAAUGACUUUCUUGUUACAUGAUGGAAACACAAUCAUAUUUUUUUUCAAAGAUUUUGUGGAAACAAGAAAUCUUUGAUAGAAUUUUUUUCAAACACAAGGAUGUGGCAUUUCUUCAAAGACAAUUAUUUAACGCUCACUUGAAAAUAAAUCGAAUAUCAUUAGAAAUGUAGUCAGUUUACUUCUCCGAUAAUUUUCUCAAACAUAACCUGUUCUUACUAAUAUAUUAUUUCAGAUUCUUUUUGUUGGUAUGUAUGUACAUAUUUAGUAUUUUUUACAUAUGCGAAGUGUAACCUGAUUUGUAUGUUUCAGUUUCAAUGUUUUUUUAUUAUAAACGUGUUUUUCGAAAUAAUGAAUUUCCGUAUAUGUUUUGCUUUGAUUAACUUUUUGCCUAUAUUUUUGCGCUAAUGAGCAGUUUCAUAUAAUUAGAAAAAAAAAGAUCUGAAUUGCCUAAACCAAUUUAUCCAGUCAAGUUAUCUGAAAAAUCACACUGGUUUCAAAACUACUAUCAUGUGGAAUUAUUAGUCAUAUUAAGAAAGAAUGAAUCUAUGAAAAAAUUGACAUUGAAUGAAGUCGAAUGUUAAGAUAAGUUAACUUGAUAGGAGUUAUUUUUACAAAAAAUGUUAUGAAAUUUUGCUAGACAAAAUCUUUUAACUAAUAUAAAUACUACUGAUCAAAAUGCUUGUGUCGGGAGACCUUGAUUUUUGUUCUGGUGUUGGGAAAGUGUUUCCAAUAGAUUAUUUUUAUGCCAGUGGUUCCAGUACAAAUUAUCAACAUAAAUGAAUUAAGCAAUGUCA